AUGUAUGCUACAUAUGAACGCCACACACCAUACAAGUCCACCAAACACCAUACAAGUCCACCAAACACCAUACAAGUCCACCAAACACCAUACAAGUCCACCAAACACCAUACAAGUCCACCAAACACCAAGCAAGUCCACCAAACACCAUACAAGUCCACCAAACACCAUGCUACAAGUCCACCAAACACCAUGCUACAAGUCCACCAAACACCAUGCUACAAGUCCACCAAACACCAUGCUACAAGUCCACCAAACACCAUACUACAAGUCCACCAGACACCAUACUACAAGUCCACCAGACACCAUACUACAAGUCCACCAGACACCAUACUACAAGUCCACCAGACACCAUACUACAAGUCCACCAGACACCAUACUACAAGUCCACCAGACACCAUACUACAAGUCCACCAGACACCAUACUACAAGUCCACCAGACACCAUACUACAAGUCCACCAGACACCAUACUACAAGUCCACCAGACACCAUACUACAAGUCCACCAGACAUCAUACUACAAGUCCACCAGACAUCAUACUACAAGUCCACCAGACAUCAUACUACAAGUCCACCAGACAUCAUACUACAAGUCCACCAGACAUCAUACUACAAGUCCACCAGACACCAUACUACAAGUCCACCAGACACCAUACUACAAGUCCACCAGACACCAUACUACAAGUCCACCAGACACCAUACUACAAGUCCACCAGACACCAUACUACAAGUCCACCAGACACCAUACUACAAGUCCACCAGACACCAUACUACAAGUCCACCAGACACCAUACUACAAGUCCACCAGACACCAUACUACAAGUCCACCAGACAACAUACUACAAGUCCACCAGACACCAUACUACAAGUCCACCAGACACCAUACUACAAGUCCACCAGACACCAUACUACAAGUCCACCAGACAUCAUACUACAAGUCAUACAAAUCCACUAAACCAAACACCAUACAAGUCCUUCAAACACCAUACAAGUCCUUCAAACACCAUACAAGUCCUUCAAACACCAUACAAGUCCACCAAACCAAACACCUUAGCCAGCUGA